UCUCCGAACUCGGCGAACAGUUCGACGAGACGGAGAGGACGUACGCACGCAUGAUGCUGACGCAAUUUGAUAGUAAUAAAGAUGGUGCUAUUGCCAAAACAGAACUUAGUACCUGUUUCUACUCUGAUGACGAACAAAUUGAGGAUGCCAACCAGGAAGUAGAAAGAACAAAUGAAGAGGAAGGAAACCAGGAAACGGUGGAGGAGGAAACACAGGAAGUGACAGAGGAAAAUCAGGAAGUGGAAGAAGAGAAGCAGGAGGAAACAGAGGAAAAAGAGGAAGUGACAGAGGAAACUCAGGAGGUGACAGAAGAAGUCCAGGAGGUGAACGAGGAACCUGAAGAAAAAGCAGAAGAAAACCAGGAAGUUGUGGAAGAAAAGCAGGAGGAAACAGAGGAAAAGCAGGAGAUGAUAGAGGAAAGUCAGGACGUGGCAGAGGAAAGUCAGGAGGUGACAGAGGAAUGUCAGGAGGUGACAGAAGAAACUCAAGAGACAAAAGAGGAAACUGAGGAAAAAGCAGCAGAAAAUGAGGAAGUGAAAGAGGAAACAACAGAAGAAGCAAAGGAAAGUACAGAGGAAACAGAAGAAAAUCAGACUGCAGUAGAAGAAAGUCAGCAGGAAUCUCAAGGAAACCAGGAAGCCACAGACGAUACACAGGAAACAAAGGAGGAAUCUGGGAAUCAGGAAGGGGGUGAAUAAAAGGUCAUCUUACCGUACAACUCUUUU